UUGGACUUUACGAAUACGGAGCGUCGAAUACGAGUUCGAUGCAUUUAUUAUUUCAAAACCAUCAGAGUUGUUUUCGAAUCGUUUUUGUCGACUACCAUUGUUAUUUCUGACUGGAUCACCAGGCUCGAGAUUCAUGAUCAGUGAAGGACAUCACUGAAUCAGUCGCGUGGUGGGUCGUUUGUAGGCCCGUAGGACACUUCCUGUCGCAGUGGUAGAACGCCAUUUCAUGAUGUCGUUGAUGUCUGUGGAGGGCCAUUCAGACCACACUCAGUCCUGGAUAUUUCCGGUGCCAUCAGAGGCAAUGCCAACCUGUGUGGCCUGCUUGGUGUCUAUUCUGGAAGCCCCUGACCUGAUACCAGUACAGAAGAAACCUGCUUUAGCUUCCCUUGCCAAUCUGGUUCAGCAGUCAUCAGAGGCUGUCACCUGUCUUCAGGGCAACAUUGCAAUCACCUCUCACUGUCUUCUUACUCUGAUGGAGCUCUUGAAGUUGGAUGAUCCUGUGUUUGUUGCCCAGGUGCUAGAUGUUUGUGUGAAGGUCGUUGGAAAGGUUAAAUCAGAAGAACUUGUGAGAUUGGUGUUGGAUAUAAUUCAGACUGAGGUAACCUCCAACAAAGACUGUAAAGCCCUCUGUCCUCUGUACCUGCUGCUGGGGCGACUCGUCCAUAACUUUUCAUCCUUGGCUGUGAUGAUGGGGCAGGAGUUUGAUUCCUUAUUACAGCAGCUAUGUUCGUGUCUGACGUUCCCAGAUGAGGACCUCAGGGCAGCCAUUGUAUACAUAUUUGUGUACCUACUUGUUGGGGACUGGCCAACAAGGUUGUCCUCCCUCAUCCACCGACAGAUCGUACAGGAGGUGGUGUGUCUCCUUAAUACUGCCAAGGCCCAGGGACUGCUCCUCAACUGUCUAGGUUUGCUGAAAAAGCUGGUAACCAAUGGAGACAGUGUAGAACUAUUGAUGAAGCUGAACUUGGAAGGUGUCACACUUCUGUCAAUCCUCAAAAAGUUGUUGGUGAGCAAGAAGGAAGUCCAGCAAAUAUCCUCUAUCCAGAUUCUGUCUGGCAUCUUGCAGGUUCCCGAAGGUCACUCCUCAAAUUAUACUGUGGUCAUCCUGCAGUCAGACCUCAUGGAGUUCCUGUUUGAAUGUCUCCAUACUCGUAACCCUGUCCAGACCAGACAUAUUUUCCAAUGUCUGCAGCCUCUGUGUCAGCUGGAACAGUUUUAUACCAAAUGUCACUCUGUGUAUGGCAUGGAGUCUAUCCUGAGGGCCAUAGAGAUAUUAGCUGACAUGAGGCACUAUGAACUUUUUGAAGAUGGACUCAAGAUUCUGGCGAUAGUUCUUACAAAACAGCCAAGCAAUGUUCCCUUGUUCAUCAAUGCAAAGAUGGUCCAGUUUUGCCUGUCGAUCAUCAGUCGUGGACUUAAACAGCAACAUCCAAUGGUCUUCUCAGCAUCUCUUUUAGUUCUCAUGGCUAUCAUCAGGAAGGAUCAUUUGUUGCUGCCUGUGCCAUUUGAAGAACUGGAGGGUGUGAUUGAGUACUGCAGCAAAAACUUUUGGACGAGGGCUAAAAGCUUGGAGGUAACAGUUCCCAGGCACAACAAACCUGGUAGAAAGAGGAUGGGGGAAGGACAGGGAGGAUGCACUGGGGAAACAUACAGAGACAUCCCUACCUACUGUCAGACUCACCUCAAGUGUGUAAGGUUGCUGCAGGCCUGUAUUAACGACCCGAAGGCGUCUGUGUCCACGUUCUCAGCCCCCUGUGUUUCCGACAAUCACAGAACCUCAGUCCAAAGGUUCCAGGAUUUCCUACUCAACUCCAGUGCUGAAAGUUGUAUCCCUUUAGUAAUGGAUGAACUGGAUCAGACAGAGGAUGCGGACUUGCUAGGAAGCCUGUCCAAGUUGAUAUGUCAGCUGUAUGAACUGGACACCAGCUCAAUGUCUGGCGUGAUCCAUCGACUUUGUGUCACCGGUGUGUUGACCAGAAUCCUGGACAUUCAUACACAACAUAGUGUGACCAGGACGAGUAGGAGUAUGGUAGCCGACUGUUUACUGGUGAUGUGUCAGGUGUUACACGACAGGGACAGCCCCUCAGUACACCCGUUUCCAGUCUGGACCUCGGAAACCUUGGAGGGCAUACAGUAUAGACUUCAAGAUCUACCAAGAAUUGUCUCACAAGUUUCUCUGAAGAUCGAAACCAAGACUGUGUACCUGUUUCUGUUGUAUCAUGCUUUCAAAAAUGAUGAAAUGAUACUAUCUGGGUUGGACUUGCAGACUGUUCUUAGGGAGAUUUGUGCAACAGAAAUAGGAUUAGAGGAGUUGUCUCCCCUUGCAAAGAAACAUUAUAUUUUUCUAACAGCUAUGGCUUUUUGUCUGAGUGCUGAUUCUCAAGAUGAACAAGAUAAUCAAAUAACUGCAAUUUUGUCCAAGCUGCUGACAGAGUGCUCAGUUGAGGAAUUGUAUACUCACCAUCUGGCCGUUCUGCGCUGGACAUGUCAACACCAGCAGCUCAGCAGGACUUGUGCACACAAAGUGGUAGAGGCAUGGCUGGGUCGUCUAUGUGGCCCUUUUUCCCAGGAAGACCGAGACCCUGGGGGAGCGGAGGUGUGGCUGAGAGACCAUCCUGAUGUUAGGUCCCUAUUACAGCUCUGUAGGGAGAAAUGUGUAGUUGACGUUCUCCAGAACUUAUUUCUCACAUCAAAUGAGGCUGUUCUCAGAGUUACUAAGUACAUCCUGUGUAGUUUUGCUGACCAGGUGAUUGAUCCUGAUGAGAGGACAGACUACCUGUUAUACCUUAGUGGACGCACUGCUGACUCUCUACAACAGAUGUUCCUGGACAAGGGUCAACAUGAAGCUGGUCUUGAGGCAUUACUGGUUCUCCAUCUAUUCUGUAAACAACAAGUUCAAAACACAGCUGUAUCUACUUCUGACAUCAAAAUCCUCUACCAUGUCACCAAGUUUGCUGGAUGUAACACCACCAUUCCGAUGUCUCUGCUACUGACCUGUGUCCAAUACAUCCAAACGAGUGUCCAGGGGCCUGACACAGCUUCUACACACAGAGUAUUGUCCUUGGUGAUACAAAAUGAAGACAUGUUGGGUAGAUUGGAGAACCUGUGUGCCAGUACUAACCCCACUCUAGCCUCUGUGGCUGUCAGUGUCGUGGUGCAAAUGGUACACUAUACAUCUAGCCUGUCACAACAUCAGUGUACCCGGCCCAUGAAGAUGGACUUUUUGCCAAUAAGCCAGUACCUGGACACUGACCACCCUGCACUUCUACUCACCCGACUGGACCUCCUGUGUGUCCUGUUCCGGUACCACUUCAGCAGCAGUGUGCUGAUUCUGGCCCACACACAGCGCUACCCACCACACCCUGAAUGUCCCUUCACAUCCCGCGAGAUCCGUGAGGUCUACCUCCAUCUUCAGCAGCUUGUGCUACAGGAGUUGGUCGAGGCCAAGACUUGUUCUGUCCAGUGUAUACAAUCCAUCUUGUGUUACCUUCAUACUGUUGAUCCUACUUUAGAACUGCACCUAAGGACUCAUCCAUGGAACUCCUUAAUGUUGGAGGUGAUGUUACAGACAUACAACAACCCUGGUGAUGAGGAAAAUCUACACAGUACCAUCCUACUAGUACAGCAGGUGUUGUAUGGGAAGGGAAUCUCCUCACAGCUGGUAUCUGGGCAAGGGACACACUCACAACUGAUGUCUGGUCAGGGGCCGUCCUCAAAGCCUGUGUCAGGUCAGGGGCUGUCCUCAAAGCCUGUGUCAGGUCAGGGGCCGUCCUCAAAGCCUGUGUCAGGUCAGGGGUCGUCCUCAAAGCCUGUGUCAGGUCAGGGGCCAUCCUCAAAGCCUGUGUCAGGUCAGGGGCCAUCCUCACAGCUGGUUUCAGGUCAGGGGCCAUCCUCACAGCUGGUGUCUACACUACUGAACUUUUUACUGCAUCAGGAUGUGACAAACCUCAGCCCGAUGAUCAGGCACAAUAUACAGGACCUUAUCAAAAAGGUGAUGGAAAUCCUUUCGGAGGAAGUGCUUUCCAAACACAGGGAUGCUCUAACAGCACUGCUUCAAUGUAAUGACCAAGGCAUAACUUAACCUCACAAACUCCCAAACCCAGCCACACUACAGCAUUGAACUUCAUUGAUUAUAAAAAGGCGGGAUUCAAUACAGAAAAGAGCCAAAUUUUGUUGUUAAAUGAAGCAAUGACGACCAUCACUCUGUGAACAGGAAAUCUUAUGCUUCACCCCUUUUUAUUCUCCUCUGUUAAAGUCAAUUUAGAUUGUUUUUGUUAUGACCAGGUUGUUACAUAUUAUCAUUCUUGGACAGUUGAGAUCACAUUGAAAGAAAGAGCAAUCAACUUCACAAACAAAAUAAAAAGUUGUAUCUGCAGUUUUGUUUUCCUUCCUUUCUGCUGUAUUGGGUAUAAUUUGUCCAAUGUUUGUCUAAUUUGAAAACCUUCUCAAACCAAACUUUCAA